UAGUUAGUCGCUCGUGUGUGGUGGGUCGGAAAAACAUCGCUAGCUGUGAGAAGUUCUUUUUCACAAUUUGUCUCCGAAAAGUCGGAGGUCGGCAAUAAAAAAAGUAGAAGAGCAUUGGCACCGACAGCCUAUUGACUGUUCUAAGAAAGUGAAAGUUAAUAACGAAAAAAGCAAUGCUAAUUAUAUAAAAUCAUACGACAAAAGCUUGCACAUAUCAAUUAAAGCAUAUGAAUGUAUUUAAAGAGUGCGAAACAAUAAAUGUUCGCAACCAUGUGAACAGAGAGCGAGUGCGAGAAAGAGAGAACUCAAUCAGACAUAUGUAUAAUUCAAUAAUUAAAAACAAUAAACGACAAAUUCAAAGCGACGAGAGACAAGAGCAAACUGCAAAUAACAAACAAGUUAACAAUUAAAUUAAAAUGGUUUCCACAUGUGCUGCUACAAUCGAACGGUACUUUAAUUACUUGUGCUGAUAACUUUCGGUGCGGCUUGAAAGACGAGUGUGGGAGAGAGAGAGAGAGAGAGAGAGAGUGAGAGAGAGGGAGAGGAGAAGAAGAACCGGCCAUCAGACUGGAGGCGUCACUCACACUUAAGCGCAUUUUUGCACGCAAAAUUGCCUACAAAAAGAAAUCGAAAUCUAUUUUAGCGGCCAUGCGAACUAAACAUUUGAUACUAAUAUUAAUCGGUGUGAUAAUCGCAACGAUCGUAUUCAUCGCAUUCGGACCCGCCGGCGAACCGAACGAUUCCUUCAAGCACAUUGUGGUGCAGACGCAUCAACAGUUGAAAGAAUUUCAGGAGAAUUUACGUGUGGGCCACGAACGCAAGAAGCUCGAACUAGAGCCCAAAUAUCUGCUGCUCUUGGGCUACACAUCGCCACUGGGCAAUGAUGACAGCCAUCUGUCGCCACAUGCAGCACAACACACAAUCAAGCCGGCGCUCGACGAGAGAACGGCGCUGGAGCACGACGAUGGCCUGGCGAUAGCAGCACCCGAUCUGCAGCAGCUGGAACAGCAGCGAAAUCCACGCAAACGUGUCACGACACCGUACAGCGGCAUCAAGUCGAACUUCACCAUCGUGACCUAUGUGCAGGAGGGUCAAGCAGCCUCGGCCAUACUGUUGGCCCAGAAUAUUGCAGCCAAGCUGCCGGGCGAAUAUUUGCUCAUCUACGAUCUGGGCGUAUCCGAAGAGCAGUUGCGUUCAUUGAACGCUUACUGCAACAGCAGUCGCUGCACUGUGAUCACCUACGAUCUGACGGAGUUUCCGUCGUUUGUCAACGAUCAGCGAACGCACGCGUAUCGCCCGAUUGUGAUCAAGGAUGCACUGCGACGGGCCAGAUCGGUGCUGUUCACCGAGAACUAUAUGCGCAUCCGCGGUGGCUAUCGGGAGUUGCAAACGCUGCAGCGACGUGCUAAUGUCUCCGGCGUCCUUGGCUGGAAUACACCGACAGCGGUCUCGUCGCGCACGCAUCCAAAGAUGUUCGAUUACUUUGAAUCGGACGCGGAGAACUUCAUAUUCCUGCGGAUGGUUGAUCUCGAUGCGGUCUUCUUUAUGGACAGCACGUUUGUCACCGACAAGAUCAUGUUGCCAUGGCUAAAGUGUUCCCUAACACUGGAAUGCAUCGAUCCAAUUGGUGCCCAAUCGAAUGGAUGUAAAUAUAAUAAGAAACCGCUUUAUCGCUACUCUGGCUGCCAUGGCUAUGAUGCAUCAGCUUUCAAUAUUGUGCUGGGAUUAACGCUCCGCCUGGACGACUCCAAGUACUCGCUGCCCAGCAAUUCGCCGGAGAACAUGUUCUACAAGGAGACGCUGGAGCAGGCGACUAAGAUAUUGGAGAAUCGUCGCAGGAAUGCCACCGAAACAUCGGAUCAUCCAUUCACGGAGGACUAAGGGAAUGAUGCAUCGUUCGAUCUUUUUCCAUAUUGGUUAAAACACACACUCAGGAGCCGCUGGAUCAAAGCAAGCAAAUAUUGCUAAAGACACUAAUUGUCAUCAACAUUUAGUCUUUAUUAUUUAGACAAGCGAAUAAUUGAAGCUUGUACACAAUUUCAUCGCACACAAGCAAGAUAACAACAUAUUCAUAAAACCAACACAUACAAUAUGGAUCAUAUCGAGAAAUAUAUUCGUUGUCUGGAGAAUUACCGAGUACUUAGAUCAAAUUAAUUCAAUUGAUGAAAAUUAAAAUUAAAAAUGUAAUAUUAAGCGUCGAGUGUUAUGUCACAUUGACCACGGCCAGGCCAGAGAGCUUCUAUAUCCAUAAAUGAAAACACAUGGGCUACUUAUUAAAACAUUUUCUGUGUAUCAAUUGAUGAAUAAUUAUGUAGGCAUUUUAUAAUUAAGGCUCUCUUGCUACUCUUAAAUAUGUUUAAUUUGAAUUAGCAUGUAAAUAUACUAUGACAACAGCAGCAGCAAACAAACAAAACAAAACAAAACAUAAAAUAUAUUUUGUGAUUGUAUUUUGAUAGUAACACCAUAUUCAUACAUAUUCGCUAUAAAUAACUCAAUAUAAACUAACUGUACUAUAUAGGAAAUGAGCCAAAAAAAAAAAAAUUAAAGAAAACGAAA